GAACUCAUUGACGUAACUCACGGGUGCAAACCUCUCCCAAGAAACAUGGACGCUGCGCGGCACAAGAAAAGACGAGAACACUACGCUCGCAUGCACAAGAAGGAGCUGGCUAAGCUUGUUGAGGACGAAAAAAACAUGAUCGCCUAUGUGGACGCCAGCAUCUCUUCUAUGGGUUGGGCAACAGCAGCCACAUACAUCCAAUGGAAUGCGACCUGGACAGAGACUCAAGGUAACCCUCGAGGCCACCACACGCCGGGCUUCGCCGAACGGGAGGCGGUGUUGCAAGCCAUCCGAGGGGCAGUACCCCAUCUACAAGACGAACAACAGCUAAUCGUCUAUACCGACUCGCAAGACACCAUCAGAGAACUCAAGAAAUACAGGUCCUCUUCUAGCCCCACCAUUGACGCUAUCUUCGCCUUCGCAAUCUCACUAUACAGAUCCAAGAAAAUUCAAAUUAAUGUCAAGUGGACUCCCGGGCAUGAAGGCAUUUCGGGCAACGAGCUAGCCCAUGAGGCUGCACAGCAGGCGAUGAGGAAUCUCACACAGCCGUCCCUGUUGUCUCAGUCCUCCACGGCAGGCUCAACACCACAGCAACAAUACUCUGAGCUUCCCCCAUACGAUCCAAGGGAGGAACUCAGGUUAGCCCAGAAGACACGAAAACAUCUUCUGGCAAGAUCAUGGACCCCAGAACAACAUCCUCUCCCUAGGGAAGAAUUCAAGAGAAAAGAAUCGGUGAUCCUCCGCCGCAUACGCACAGGAGGAGCAGUCACACCCAGGUUCAGAUACCAAAUGGACCUGGCAAGACUUAAGAAACAACAACCCUACGCUGUCCCUCCCGACCCCAGAUGCCAGCGGUGUCAAGCCGAGGAAUCCAUUCCCAGACUUAAACACAUACUCUGGGAAUGUGUGGCCCUCUCCACCCUCAGAACACUCAUCUUCAGUAAGAUGGCGAAUGACGAAAGACCUUCAAAACUGCAGGACUGGUCGCACCCAGCGGGCGACACCUCACGCAAGACCAGGAUCCUCAGAUCUCUCUUAGAGUAUAUUUCUGAGGGAGACCUGGGAAACUCCAUCUAACACCUUUAACCGAGGAGACGAUGCCAAGCCUUGAGGCCACCGCGUCAUGAAAACUUCGAGUCUCCAGAGAUAUAUAUUUUUCUCUUUAAAUAAACGU